AUGUUUGAUGAUAUCGCAUACCAGGCUGAUGAUGUCCCUGACCUCAAUUUCGACGACCCUGACGGCGAACCAACAGUGGGGAAGCUAUAUGCGUCCAAGCAAGACUGUCAAAUUGCAUGUGCUAUCUACGCAAUAAAGGAACGUUUUCACUUUAGGCAAACCCGCACCACAAGGCAUUCAUUUGUUCUUACCUGCCAUGAUACUCACUUUGAUUGGAGGAUCUUAGCACAAGAAGUCACCAAUUGUGGUUACUACACUAUUAAAAAGGCUAACCUUGUACACAUCUGCCCCUUCGACACUUGUGACCUUUACAAAAGAAGAGCCACCUCAAAAGUCAUCGCUCAUGUUUACCGUUCCCGAUAUGGUGAACCAACCCUUGGUCCCAAAUCAGCCCAGCUGCAACAGAUGGUCUUGGAAGAUCUUCGAGUCUCUUCUGCCUCAUACAUGAAAUGCCACAGGGCAAAGGGAAAAGCCAUCGAAGCCACCACGGGCAACGCUGAGGAUUCCUAUCUGGAGCUCGCCUCAUACUUUGAGAGGCUGAAAGCCACUAACCCAGGUACCGUAACUGCCAUCGAGACAGAAUUAGAUGAUUUCGGCCAGACUCGUUUUCUUUAUGCCUUCCUCUCUUUUGGAGCGUCCAUUCGGGGUUUCCGUCGUGUACGCCCUGUACUCAUUGUCGACGGCACACAUCUAUCCGGAAAAUACAAGGGGGUCUUACUCACGGCCAGCAGGCAAGAUGCCAACUUCCAGGUUUUUCCUUUGGCUUUCGCCGUCGUUGAUGGGGAGACUGACGAAUCAUGGCACUGGUUCCUAGCCAAAGUCGAAAGGAUUAUUGCGGAUUCCAACGCUCUCACUAUCAUAUCAGAUCGUAACAACUCCCUCCUCAAAGCUAAGCAGAUCGUAUUCCCAAAGGCACCCCACGGGGCCUGCAUUGUUCACAUCAUGCGGAAUGUUGUCUCACGAUUCAAAAACAAGUGUCUGGCAAAAAUGGUGUGCGCAGCAGCUUUCUCUUACAGACGUAAAGAUUUCAAUGACAACUUCGGCAAAAUUAGACAAGCUAGUGCAUCGUGCGCAAAAUACCUCGAAGACAUUGGGACUGCUAAAUGGAGCAGAACAUAUUUCCCAGGGGACCGAUACAACCUCCUCACUAGCAACGUCGCCGAACAACUCAAUAAUGCACUGUCCAAGUCGAGGGCUUCACCUGUUGUUGAGUUGUUCAUGUUCAUCCAAAGGAUGUUGACUCGUUGGUUUUCAGCUAGGAGAACCAAAUCAGCCAAACACAGGGGGGCUGUAACACCGGAGGUUGAGGAUGUAAUGCAGACACACAUUAGGCUAACCAAAGGCAGCAAAAUCUCAAAUAUUACUAGUUGGAGCUAUCAAGUCAAAGGUGUUUUUGGUCACACCAACACUGUUUCUCUCGAUAACAAAGUUUGCACAUGCCAAGUAUUCCAACACCUCAAAAUCCCUUGCGGACAUGAUCUGUUGGCCGCUGAUUCCAUCGGUUAUCCACAUUCCCAACUUUUUGGAGACUGCUACAAAACCCAAACAUGGAAAGAAACAUAUGCCGGCGUCAUUUACCCCGAGGAUCUUCUAGGGGAUCACCCUCUGCCUCCAGCUAUUGAACGUCUCUCCCUACAGCCUCCCAAGACCCGUCGCCCCUCUGGCCAUCCUAAGGACAAACGCAUCUCUUCCACAGGAGAAAUACAGGUUCCAAAGAAAACCAAACUCAACAGGUGUGGUCGGUGUGGUGUCUCUGGCCACAACAGGACCAAUUGCAAAGUCCCCAUAUAA